AUGUCAUAUCCUUUACAUGAUGCACAACAACAUCAUCAUCAUGCCAACACCAACAACAUCAACAACAGUAACAGUGUUGUUGGCGGUGGUGGUAUGUGGAGUGAUAUAGGCAACAUUAAUAAUAAUAAUAAUAUUAGUAAUAAUGGAUCAUCAAGAUAUGUUGGUGGUGUACCACCUCCGAUCACAUCCCCUUUGAUGCAUAGCGGAAAUGGAAGUGGCGGCCUCUACAUGAAUGAUACAUUACAACAACAAAAGUCAAGGAUGCUCCAACAACAACAGCAACAACAAUAUUUUGGUGGACAACAACAACAACAACAACAACAACAGCAACAGCAACAGCAGCAGCAACAACAGCAACAACAAUUAUAUAUAUUACAUUUACAACAGAAACAACAACAACAAUUGUAUAAUCAAUCAUAUGAUGAGUCAUCUGAUAUUAGACUUCAUCAUAAUAAUAAUAAUAUUAAUGGAGUACAACAACAACAACAGGUCAAGAGUGAUCAUGUGGACAGGUACUCCUACCAACCACAACAACAACAUGACGAUUCAAACUCCUUCACCAACGGAGGGAGGCUUCCCUACAUUUCCCAAAACAGUGGCCAUCGCAGUCUCAAUAUGUCUGGCAAUAACAUCAACAUCAACAACAGCAACACCAAUGGAUCAGGCUUUGGCGGCUUGAUGAACAACAACCAAACUGACCACUUUGGAAAUGGAAUCAACAACAACAAUAACAACAACAAUGUCAUUGGAAUCAAGGGCAAUGUAAAUAAUAUAAAUGGCAACACUUCGGCCGCAGGCCAGAAUGGCAACAGCAAUAUAUUGCAAUCUCCACUGCUUGGCAUGGCCCACCCCAUGUCGCCAUCACACCUCAGCCAGCUGUUCUCUGGCAAUCAGCUGCUCCAAUCCUCGGCGCCCUCCACUCCGGCCUCGGUGGCCAACGGCGGCAUCGACUACCUGGACAUGUACAGUCUGCAGGCUGGCCUCAAGAGCUCGCUUGAUCUCAAUCUACCAUCGUUCUCGCCACAAUAUUUCAAUCAGAUGCCGCCACCAAUGCAGCAGCAACCACAACAACAACAACAGUACUCCCUUUCCACGUCCCAAUCCAAACUCCAGUCACUCCUCCAACAACAACAACAACAACAAUUUCAUCAACAACUCCAACAACAACUUCAACAACAACAGCAACAACAACAACCACCUAUUUCACACAAGAAGUCACUGUCUAGUGAACUAUUGAAUAACUCUAUUCCAUUGGCAGCCAUGUCCCCGCUGCUUACCACGUCCAACUCGGCGCUCCCAACACCCGUGCAGCAAUCACAGCCAAUGAUGGCACGCCAAUCACCUCCACAGCCACCAAUGGUGACACCUGCCUCCCAAUGCGCAUUGAUUCCCCAGCCGCCAGUCAUGCACCAGCAUCAUCAAGAGCAGCAACAGCAGCAGUCCACAAACAAUGCCAACUACUUCCUGGACGAGACACACUUCCCCUCACUCAACACCUCAACCAAAGACUUGAAGAGGAGUGUUGGUGGCGACUACAACAACAACAGUAACAACAACAACGCUGGAGGUGUCGCCAAGGGACUCUCGGCUUCCCAAGAGGAUCGUCUCAAGAAAAAGAAGGAGAUCAGGUCGCCUCAAGACUCCACUGCCACAAUCAAUCUACCUGAGAACAAGGUCAAGCUGUCAUGGUUUGAGUUCCAGACGAUGAACAAUGGAGGCAACACCCAACAACAACAGCAACAGCAGCAGGACACCAACAACAACUCUACUACCAACAACACCAUCAACACUGCUGCCGCCAACGCAACGGAUUCAGUCUCGGAUGAACAACCAAGUCGCAUCCUCUGGGUUGGCAACAUUGGUGUAGACGUCCAUGAGGAGGACCUCAAGACAGAGUUUGGCGUCUUUGGCGAGCUCGAAUCGGUACGCAUCCUACAUGACCGCUUCUGCGCCUUUGUCAACUUCAAGGAGAUCGCACACGCGGUGCUCGCUCGCAGGAACCUUCACAACCAGGUAAUUGGCAGCCAGUUCAUCGUGGUCAACUUUCGCCAUCAAAAGGACGACGCGUCCACUGGCAGUAGCACUCUGAUUACGACCCCUGAGACCCUCAACCAACUGUCGCGUGCAAUCUACAUUGGCAACGUAAGCGACAAUCUCUCGGAGAAGGAGAUCCGCAAGGAGUGUGAGAAGUACGGUGAGAUCGAGUCGGUGCGGGUCCUCCGCAAAAAGGCCUGUGCCUUUGUCAACUUUAUGAACAUCGCCGAUGCCACCAUGGCGCUGCAAUCACUCAACGGCAAGAAGCUUGGUGACACAAUCAUCCGCGUCAACUAUGGCAAGCCCCAACCGCCCUUUGGUGCCAGCGGAAGUGGAGUUGGCGUCAAUGAUCGUGCCACACUAUAUAGCAGCCAGGGUGGCGGCGGUGUCCAAAGUGAGCUCAAUAGUAGUGGCGGCAGUAGUAGUGGCAGUAGCACUGGAAGUGGUAGCAACAACACCUCUCCGGUCCUCAGCAACAACAAUGUUGUUGGUCCAGUUGUCAACAAAGGACAACUCAACAAUAGCGCCAAUAACAUCUCGCUGCCCAACAACAACAUCAACAACAGCAUCAACAACAGGAGUAUGCCAUUGCUGUCCAACAGCAGCACAUGGGGUGGUGUCAUCAGCAACGCCAUCAACAACAACAAUAACCGAGUACAUAUGUGUGGGCUGUGCAACCGAGGUCUGAUCACCAAGAUGAUUGCACCAUGUGGACACACCUGUUGUGAGAACUGUCAAGAGGCAAUGAUUCGUCAAGCAAUGGCAGAUGGUCUGGCCACCAGAUGUCUAAGCUGUAAUGAACAAGUCAGAGGUUUAUAUCCGGUUCCAAAUGAGCCUGGCAACAAGUGA